AUGGCGAUGAGAGCAAGGCAAAAGGUCCGCGCUCCUAGAAGGGCACUAGGCAGCAAAAACGAUGACUUCGAAGCCAUCUGGGCCGUACUCGGUUCUGCGUUACGCGAAAUACACACCAAGAACGCUUCGUCCUUAUCGUUCGAAGAGCUCUAUCGCAGUUCAUACAGAAUCGUGUUGAUGGGUAAAGGCGACGAACUAUACGAGCGGGUCAAGCAACUAGAACAGCAAUGGUUGAGCAGUCUCGUCAGUCAUAAUAUUAUGUCCUCGGUGUCGCCGGUACUACUUCUCAAUAUUGAGCCUACGGAUACCACCGAUCAAGCGAAUGAGCGUAGGGCUGCUGGGGAGAGGUUUCUGACGGCGAUGAGGGGGGCUUGGGAAGAUCACCAGCUUUGUAUGGGAAUGAUCACGGACGUGCUGAUGUAUAUGGACAAGGUGAUGAACAAUGAUCAGAAACCUUCGAUAUAUACAGUGUCCAUGUGUCUGUUUCGAGACCACGUCCUACGUUCCGCUGUACCGGAUAGCAGCCUCACUAUAUACAAAAUCCUCGAGUCUACCAUCCUCUUCAUGAUUCAAUUGGAACGAACGGGAGAGAUGAUCGAUCGACCUCUCGUCCGGCAUUGCAUUUACAUGUUAGAAGGACUCUACGAAACGCUAGAGGAAGAAGAGUCAGCCAAGCUAUACCUUUCGGUCUUUGAACCUGCCUAUCUUCAGAUCAGCACAAUCUUCUACCAGAACGAGGGACGACGAUUACUUGAAACCGCUGAUGCAGCUACAUUCUGCCGUGUCAGCUCCGAACGAAUAUCAGAGGAGGAAGAGCGUUGCCGCGCUACUUUAUCGUCAUAUUCGGAACAGAAGAUCAAAGCGGUGAUUGAUGAACAAUUAAUCAGCAAGAAUAUCACUGACGUGAUCAAUCUUGAAGGUAGUGGAGUGAGGUAUAUGCUGGACCAUGACAAGGUUCAAGACCUUGCCAAUGUAUACGAACUCAAUGCUCGCAUUGAUCCGAAGAAGAGCGCAUUAACAAAAUCCAUUCAAACGCGCAUUGUUCAGCUGGGUAACGAGGUAAAUGCCGCGGCCAAAGCGUUUGCGACAGCGCCUCCCCCAGCCAAAUCGACAGAAGCCGAUGGCGAGAAGAAAUCAGAAAAAGAGAAACCGGCGGCGCCACCAGUGAACCAACAGACAGCCGCGGCAAUUAAAUGGGUGGAUGAUAUUUUGAAUCUUAAAAAGAAGUUUGACACGAUAUGGGAACGAGCUUUUGCGUCGGAUCAGGGCAUGCACACGUCAUUUACCAACAGCUUCUCGGAUUUCAUCAAUUCGAAUAAUCGAAGCUCGGAGUACCUGUCGUUGUUUUUCGACGAGAACUUAAAGAAGGGAAUCAAGGGCAAGACAGAUGCAGAGGUCGACAGUCUUUUGGAUAAUGGAAUUACACUAUUGCGAUAUAUUCGCGACAAGGACUUGUUUGAGACAUACUACAAGAAACAUCUUUCACGACGGCUGUUGAUGAAACGAUCAGUCAGCAUGGAUGUUGAGCGACAAAUGAUCUCCAAGAUGAAGAUGGAGGUCGGUAACCAAUUCACACAACGUCUGGAAGCCAUGUUCAAGGACAUGGCGGUGUCGGAGGACUUGACGAACAACUACAAGGCACACAUGUCACGAACAGCAGCAGACUCGAAGAGAUUCGAAUUAGAAAUCAGCGUUUUGACAAGUACCAUGUGGCCUAUGGAAAUCAUGUCAAGCUCCAAGGACGACGAUGCGCAAUUGCCUUGCAUUUUCCCGAAGGAUGUGGAUACAGUGCGACAAAGCUUUGAGAAAUUCUAUCUCGAUAAACACAGCGGCAGGAAACUGUCAUGGCAGGCAUCCAUGGGAACGGCAGAUAUCCGAGCAACCUUUCCUCGCGCAGAGGGAAAGUAUGCCCGUCAUGAUCUGAACGUAUCGACCUAUGCAAUGAUUAUCCUAUUGCUGUUCAACGACCUUCCUCUCGACGAUUCAUUAACAUACGAAGAAAUCCAAGCACGCACCCGCAUCCCAGAUCACGAUCUCAUCCGAAAUCUACAAUCUCUCGCCGUCGCCCCCAAAACCCGGGUCUUGAAAAAAGAUCCCAUGAGCAAAGACGUCAAACGCACCGAUCGAUUCUUUUAUAAUGCUUCAUUCAAGAGCCAGUUCACAAAAGUGCGUAUUGGCGUGGUGAGCAGCGGUGGAAACAAAGUCGAGAAUCAGAAUGAGCGUAGCGAGACGGAGAAGAAGAUGAAUGAGGAGCGAGGGGGGACUAUCGAAGCUGCAGUUGUUAGGAUAAUGAAACAACGCAAAAAACUCGCUCACUCACAACUCCUCACUGAAGUCCUUAGCCAACUCGCCGCGCGAUUCGUGCCGGACGUGAACAUGAUCAAGAAACGAAUCGAGAGUCUAAUUGAUCGUGAAUAUCUGGAACGAAUUCCAGAUUCUGAUCCUCCGGCUUAUAGCUACGUAGCAUAA